GAUGUUUUCUCUGCAGACCAACCUCCACCGCCAUUGCAGGUCCAGGGAGUCGGUGUAGCGGCAGUCAGUUGUUAGCCAGGGGAAGCCCGCAAGUAAACAGUUUAGGGACGAAUAAUAAAGUACCGUCACACUGACAGCUCGUUUUACACAAGGCUUAGAAUUAAUUAAUUGGGAUUUUAGACUAGAGGCCCCUGGCUGUCCGGCUAGGAUCAGAGAGAAGAAGCCGUAGUUUGUUAGCAUUAGAAGAAACCGGAGGAGAGUGAGAGAGGAACCGCCAUGGCUCAGAUACUGCCUAUUCGCUUUCAGGAGCACCUGCAGCUCCAAAACUUAGGGAUCAAUCCGGCCAACAUAGGCUUCAGCACCCUAACCAUGGAGUCGGAUAAGUUCAUCUGUAUCCGGGAGAAGGUGGGCGAACAGUCUCAGGUGGUGAUCAUUGACAUGGCAGACCCCAAUACACCUAUCCGCAGGCCCAUCUCAGCCGACAGCGCCAUCAUGAAUCCAGCCAGCAAAGUCAUUGCACUCAAAGACGCCUCCAAAACCCUUCAGAUCUUCAAUAUUGAGAUGAAGAGCAAGAUGAAGGCACACACCAUGACGGACGAUGUUACCUUCUGGAAGUGGAUCUCCCUUAACACAGUUGCACUUGUGACUGACAAUGCCGUCUACCACUGGAGCAUGGAGGGUGACUCGCAGCCUGUGAAAGUCUUCGACCGCCACUCCAGCCUGGCAGGCUGCCAGAUCAUCAACUACCGCACUGACGCCAAGCAGAAAUGGCUCCUGCUCAUCGGCAUCUCAGCCCAGCAAAACCGGGUGGUUGGAGCCAUGCAGCUCUAUUCUGUUGACAGAAAGGUUUCUCAGCCUAUUGAAGGCCAUGCUGCCAGCUUCGCCCAGUUCAAGAUGGAGGGGAAUACAGAGGAGUCAACUUUGUUCUGCUUCGCUGUCAGAGGGCAAGCUGGUGGGAAGUUGCAUAUCAUUGAAGUGGGGACCCCACCAACUGGCAACCAGCCAUUUCCAAAGAAAGCAGUGGAUGUGUUCUUUCCUCCAGAAGCCCAGAAUGACUUCCCUGUGGCCAUGCAGAUAAGCUCCAAACAAGAUGUGGUUUUCCUUAUUACCAAAUAUGGCUACAUUCACUUGUAUGACUUGGAGACAGGCACCUGCAUCUACAUGAACCGCAUCAGCGGAGAGACCAUCUUUGUUACUGCUCCACAUGAGGCCACCGCAGGCAUCAUCGGGGUUAACAGGAAGGGACAGGUGCUGUCAGUUUGUGUGGAAGAAGAAAACAUCAUCCCCUACAUCACUAACGUGCUCCAAAAUCCAGAUCUAGCACUCCGCCUAGCUGUCCGCAACAACCUCGCUGGUGGUGAAGAGCUCUUUGCACGCAAGUUCAACAACCUGUUUGCUGCCGGCAACUACUCAGAGGCUGCUAAGGUUGCUGCCAAUGCACCAAAGGGUAUCCUGCGAACCCCGGACACCAUUCGUCGCUUCCAGGGCGUUCCCACCCAGCCAGGCCAGACCUCUCCCUUGCUGCAGUACUUUGGUAUCCUGUUGGACCAGGGCCAACUCAACAAGUUUGAGUCCCUUGAGCUUUGCAGGCCUGUCCUCCAGCAGGGACGUAAGCAGCUCCUGGAGAAGUGGCUGAAGGAAGACAAGUUGGAGUGUUCGGAGGAGCUGGGUGACCUGGUGAAGGCAGUGGAUCCCACUUUGGCUCUCAGUGUCUACCUGAGGGCCAACGUCCCCAACAAAGUCAUCCAGUGCUUUGCAGAGACUGGUCAGUUCCCAAAGAUCGUCCUGUACGCCAAGAAGGUGGGCUACACUCCAGACUGGAUCUUUCUGCUCAGGAAUGUGAUGCGCAUCAACCCAGAACAAGGCCUGCAGUUUGCCCAGAUGCUGGUCCAGGAUGAAGAGCCGCUCGCUGACAUCACACAGAUCGUGGAUGUAUUCAUGGAGUACAACCUAAUCCAGCAGUGCACCUCGUUCCUCCUGGACGCACUGAAGAACAACAGACCCUCAGAAGGACCACUGCAGACUCGCCUGCUGGAGAUGAACCUGAUGCAUGCUCCACAGGUUGCAGAUGCUAUCCUGGGCAACCAAAUGUUCACCAACUACGAUCGUCCCCACAUCGCCCAGCUGUGUGAGAAGGCUGGACUCCUGCAAAGGGCGCUGGAGCACUACACCGACCUGUAUGACAUCAAGCGUGCUGUAGUGCACACACACCUGCUCAACCCAGAGUGGCUGGUGAACUACUUUGGCUCGCUCUCCGUGGAGGACUCUCUAGAGUGCCUCAGGGCCAUGCUGUCGGCCAACAUCCGCCAGAACCUGCAGAUCUGUGUCCAGGUGGCUUCCAAGUACCAUGAACAGCUCACUACACAGUCUCUCACUGAGCUCUUUGAGUCCUUCAAGAGCUUUGAAGGUCUGUUCUACUUCCUGGGCUCUAUUGUGAACUUCAGUCAAGACGCUGAAGUUCACUUCAAAUACAUCCAGGCCGCCUGCAAGACGGGCCAGAUCAAAGAGGUGGAGAGGAUCUGUAGAGAGAGCAACUGCUACGACCCUGAGCGCGUCAAGAACUUCCUCAAGGAAGCCAAACUCACUGAUCAGCUGCCACUCAUCAUCGUCUGUGACCGCUUUGACUUUGUCCACGACCUGGUCCUCUACCUGUACCGCAACAACCUGCAGAAAUACAUUGAGAUCUAUGUUCAGAAGGUGAAUCCCAGCCGUCUGCCUGUUGUGGUUGGUGGUCUCUUAGACGUUGACUGCUCAGAGGAUGUCAUCAAGAGCCUGAUCCUGGUCGUCAGGGGACAGUUCUCUACUGAUGAACUUGUCGCUGAGGUGGAAAAGAGAAACAGACUGAAGCUGCUGCUGCCCUGGCUGGAGUCUCGUAUCCACGAAGGCUGUGAGGAGCCCGCAACCCAUAAUGCUCUGGCUAAGAUCUACAUUGACAGCAACAACAAUCCUGAACGCUUCCUGAGGGAAAACCCGUUCUAUGACAGCCGUGUGGUGGGAAAGUAUUGCGAGAAGAGAGACCCCCACCUGGCCUGUGUGGCCUACGAGAGAGGACAGUGUGACCAGGAGUUGAUCAAUGUCUGCAAUGAGAAUUCCCUGUUCAAGAGCUUGUCUCGCUACCUGGUGCGCCGCAAAGACCCUGACCUGUGGGCCAGCGUGCUGCUGGAGAGCAACCCCUUCAGACGCCCACUCAUUGACCAGGUGGUGCAGACAGCACUGUCAGAAACCCAGGACCCAGAGGAGGUAUCCGUCACAGUCAAGGCCUUCAUGACCGCAGACUUGCCCAACGAGCUCAUUGAGCUGCUGGAGAAGAUUGUGUUGGACAACUCUGUCUUCAGUGAACACAGAAAUCUGCAGAACCUGCUGAUCUUAACCGCAAUCAAAGCUGACCGUACCCGUGUGAUGGAGUACAUCAGCAGGCUAGACAACUAUGACGCCCCCGAUAUCGCUAACAUUGCCAUCAGUAAUGAGCUCUUCGAGGAGGCCUUUGCCAUCUUCAAAAAGUUUGAUGUCAACACCUCAGCUGUGCAGGUGCUGAUCGAACAUAUUGGCAACCUGGACCGGGCCUAUGAGUUUGCAGAACGCUGCAAUGAGCCGGCUGUGUGGAGCCAGCUGGCUAAGGCUCAACUACAGAAGGACUUAGUUAAAGAGGCCAUCGACUCCUACAUCAAAGCCGACGAUCCCUCUGCAUACAUGGAGGUGGUACAGGCUGCUGAUAAGAGCGGUAACUGGGAGGACCUGGUCAAAUUCCUCCAGAUGGCUCGUAAGAAGGCCCGAGAGUCCUACGUGGAGACUGAGCUCAUCUUUGCCUUGGCCAAAACCAAUCGCCUGGCUGAACUGGAAGAGUUCAUCAACGGACCUAACAAUGCUCACAUCCAACAGGUUGGUGACCGCUGCUAUGAUGAGAAAAUGUAUGAUGCUGCUAAGCUGCUCUACAACAACGUCUCCAACUUUGGUCGUCUGGCUUCAACUCUGGUGCACCUCGGGGAGUACCAGGCUGCUGUGGACGGCGCCCGAAAGGCCAACAGCACCCGCACCUGGAAAGAGGUGUGCUUCGCCUGCGUGGACGGAAAGGAGUUCCGACUUGCCCAGAUGUGCGGUCUCCACAUCGUGGUGCACGCUGACGAGCUGGAGGAGCUGAUCAACUACUAUCAAGACCGCGGUUACUUUGAGGAGCUGAUCACCAUGCUGGAGGCCGCCCUGGGCCUUGAGCGCGCUCACAUGGGGAUGUUCACGGAGCUGGCCAUCCUUUAUUCCAAGUUCAAGCCCCAGAAGAUGAGGGAGCAUCUGGAGCUCUUCUGGUCCAGAGUUAACAUCCCGAAGGUCCUGAGAGCAGCUGAGCAGGCUCACCUGUGGGCCGAGCUGGUCUUCCUCUACGACAAGUACGAGGAGUUCGACAACGCCAUCAUCACCAUGAUGAACCACCCAACAGAUGCCUGGAAGGAGGGACAGUUCAAAGACAUAAUCACCAAGGUGGCCAACGUGGAGCUGUACUACAAAGCCACACAGUUCUAUCUGGAGUUCAAGCCCUUGUUACUGAAUGAUUUGCUCAUAGUGCUUUCCCCCAGACUGGACCACUCCCGUGCUGUCAACUUCUUCAGCAAGGUGAAACAGCUGCCUCUGAUCAAACCCUACCUGCGGUCAGUACAGAACCACAACAACAAAUCAGUCAAUGAAGCACUUAAUAACCUCUUCAUCACAGAGGAGGACUAUCAGGCACUGAGGACAUCAAUAGAUGCCUACGACAACUUUGACAACAUCACCCUGGCCCAGCGCUUGGAGAAGCACGAGCUGAUUGAGUUCAGGAGAAUCGCUGCUUACCUCUUCAAGGGCAACAACCGAUGGAAACAGAGUGUGGAGCUCUGCAAGAAGGACAAGCUCUAUAAGGAUGCCAUGCAGUAUGCGUCAGAGUCCAAGGACAUCGAGCUGGCAGAGGAGCUGCUGUCCUGGUUCCUACAGGAGGACAAGAAAGAGUGCUUCGCAGCCUGCCUGUUCACCUGCUAUGACCUGCUGCGACCCGACGUGGUGCUGGAGACCGCCUGGAGGCACAACAUCAUGGACUUUUCUAUGCCAUACUUCAUUCAGGUCAUGAGGGAGUAUCUCAGCAAGGUUGAUGCAGUUAAGGAACAGGUGAAAGCUAAAUGCUCUGUUUUGAUCUCAAAGUAUUUAGCUCAGAAGACGGCGGCCUUCGAGUGUGCAUGGUUUUAGCUGCACUCUCACUUUGACACAGUCACUGAGACAUCUUUCAAGCUGACAUUGAAGUUGUUUGGGAACUUUUUUAGAUAUGUAGUAUAAUAAUAAAAAAGUUUGUCUGAGGAAAAUCAACUGCUGCCAUCUGCUGCCAGAACAGAGGAUUGAAGAUUUCUUAUUGACAUCAGACACAGCUUGACAUCUGGCAUUAACAAGCAUGCAAUAUCAGUUAUCAGAAGAAAAAAACCAAACGGGUGUGAUUGUAUAAUAAUUGACCUGAUGGGCAUCUGAGCUACGGUGCCUCUGUAAGGGAACAGAGUAAACCUCAACAUGUUAAUCUAGUCAGGAAACGCUUGCAAAUCAAACUGGCUUCAGGAUGGGAUAGUAAUGCAUGUGGGUCGGAAACAAGUGGUCCGUUUUUAAGGACAUAUAGUACAAGAGAAAAACACACGCUGCCAUCUCUGAGUGAGAAAUGCUUGUAACCGAGCUAACUCGUAGAUGAUGACAACAUAAGAUGCAUUGUUGUGCCAGUUGUGAGGGGACUGGUUUGCUUCUUUCCCCUGUUUAAAGAACUAUGAACCAGCAGCAGACUGCAACAGAGAUUAUACCCAAAGUCCCAAAUCAAAUAAAACAAUAUACCCUGGGGAGUUUGUUGGAGAAAAUGCACUACACACAGUAUCUUUAAUCAUGUUAAAUAUCGGCUUUACCGUGAAUUCAUCAUUUAGUUUGACACGGUGGAGAAGCUUCAACAAGUAUAAUACAUUCUCUGCAACUUCACUCAAGAGUGCAUUUUCCUCUAGGGCUGGGCGAUAUGGGUUAUAAAUAAUAUCUCAAAAUGUUCCGGCUAUGCCGUGAUGUAUGAUAUAUCCCAACAUUUUCUCAUAGAGAACUAUUUGGAUGAAACUUUCCUGUCCAACUUAUCUGUAUUUAGAGGGAACACAUGGGAUGUUUUAGAGGGUUGGGGAGAAUGUCCUGAUAUUGUCUGAGUGCCACUAUGAGGUGGUCUAUUACCAUUUUGAAGUGAAAUUGGUCUGAGGACACAGGAAGUUUCUCAAUGAGAACCUGGUGUGGUGUACUUUUAAAGUCAGAUGGGACUUUGGAAAUAUAUUCUUAUCAAGUUUGACUAAUAGUUCACACAAUUGAAAUUGAAACUUUCUCCUAAAUACUGAUUGCAGGCAGUAGAUUAUUUUUAUUUUCAUUCAUUUUAUUAUUUACUCAUUUUGUGUUAUUUAUAUAUUAUUUGUUUAUUAUGAAAGACAGACGGACUGACUUAUUGAAUGCAUGAACGUGAAACUUCUGUCACGACUGGAAGUUUUAUUGUGAUGUCAGUUCUUACACGCGAGAGAAGCGAAACGUCAAAGUGAGUCUCGUACUGGUGGCUUAAAGAAAUGAUGCGGCAAUUUGCUCUUAAAGUUUGCCAUAUUGUCAUUUACUACAUCCCACAAAGAACAAGCCGCAAUACAUUGAGUAUAUUGGAUAUAUCGCCCACCCCUCAUUUCCCCACAGAUAACAGAUAUUCACACUGCACACUGUAUGUUUGUGUUUGUGAACCAGCUGGUUAAAGGAUUAAAGCAUGCGUGAACACUUCUCUUGCUGAUUCGUAACAGCAGGCUGCCGGUUGUGCCUGGCUUCCUGUAGAAAGCCUUGAGCUGUGGAGGGAGCGCCUGACCUGAGACUCACCAUCUCCUCCCUCCCAAACUGCAUCUCCGUGCUGCAGCCUCUUACUUACUGCCAGCGGUGUAACACUUGGAGCAUGUUUCUGUUUACGGUGGAGCUUCAAACUUAAUUUAAAGAGCUACGGUUUUUCUAAAGAGGCAUGGAGAAACUGAAUGAUAAAUGCAUACAUACAAGACGUGAAGUGCACUGCUGAGCAAGCCUCUACUUUAACUGUAAAUAUAACCUGCAUCCAGGUGCUGCUGCUUCCCCCCGAGCACCAGUACAUUUUGCUCCUUGCUGCAUCUGACUUGCUGCCUGUUCUUUUUUUCUUCAUGUAUUUACAUUAUUGGCUGCUAUUAUUGUUACGGUCGGACAGGCCACCCUGACAGAACAGAGGAGUUUUUAUUAUUAUUAUUUACAGCACUGGUUCAAUCGCCUAAAAUACUUGUACCUGACAGUUGGGUUCUGUUUUGUCGUGCUACUGUGUGACCUCUGCUUGGCGUGGCGGACCACAUGAACAUCCUUUGUCAGAAAUGUUGUCACAGAUUAGUUAACAAAUAUAUAUAUAUAUAUAUAUGUAACUGUCGUUUGUUCUUUUACUUGUUUAGUAUGUUUUUUACCCGUUAGGUGUUGUGGCUUUGCUCUAAAUGCU